AUGUCUAUGCCGUCCUGCUGUUCGUCUAGAACCCUGCGAUCCGUGCGUUUUGCGAAUCUGUGCCACGUUCCCCUUUCCCUCUCGCCCCCUCUACCCCUUGUCAAGACUUCGCUUCUUCUCUACCCUUCCUUACGAUCCGCUCCUCUCCCAUCCUGCCUUCCUUUCCUCUCCCUUCCUGCCUUCCUGUCAUCUCCCUUGGCCUCAUUUCCUCUCCCCUCCCGCUUUCAACUACUCUCCCUUUCUUGCCUUACUCUCCUUUUCCUUCCUGCCUUCCUCUCCUCUCCCUUCUUGCCUUCAUCCCCUCUCCUUUCUUGCCUGCAUCUCCUCUCCCUUCCUGCCUUCCGCUGCUCUCCCUUCAUGCUUUCUUCUCCUCUCCCUUCCUGCCUUCAUUUCCUCUCCCAUCCUGCUCUCCACUCCUCUCCCUUCCUGCAUUAUCCCCUUGCCCUUCCUGCCUUAUCCCGUUUCUCUUCCUGCCAUCCUUUCCUCUCCCUUCCUGCCUACUUCUCCGCUCCCUUCCUGCAUUCAUCUCCUCUCCCCGAACUUCGUUUCCGCUCAAAUCCCUUUACCGCCUUCAUUUCAAUUCCUUUCAUGCCUUCAUGUCCUCCCCUCCUCUCCCAUCCUGCUCUCCUCUCCUCUCCCAUCCUGCUCUCCUCUCCUCUCCCAUCCUGCUCUCCUCUCCUCUCCCAUCCUGCUCUCCUCUCCUCUCCCAUCCUGCUCUCCUCUCCUCUCCCAUCCUGCUCUCCUCUCCUCUCCCAUGAUGCCCUCUCUUGUCCUAUCCUGCUGUAUUCCCCACCCAGGUUCUCGUUCUUGUGGCGUUCCUACGUGCCAUCCUGGGCACCCGAGUUUGCAGGCGUGGCGCACGGUGUGAGCUCCGGAAUCCGCAGGCGUGGCGCACGGUGUGAGCUCCGGAAUCCGCACGCGUGGCGCACGGUGCGUGCGCAGAGUCCUACUCGACUCCUGCUUGUGUUUCAUUUGCUCCUUCUCUACCCUUCCUCUCAUUCCGCUCCUCUCCCUUCCUGCCUUCGUUUCCUCUCCCUUGCCCUCAUUUUUCCCGUUUACUCCCUUGAACUACUCUCCCUUUCAUGCCUUCAAGUAUUCUCCCUUUCAUGCCUUCAAGUACUCUCCCUUUCAUGCCUUCAAGUACUCUCCCUUUCCUGCCUUGAUCUCCUCUCCCUUGCUGCCUUCCUCUCCUCUACCGUCUUGCCUUCAUAUGCUCUCCCUUCCUUCCUUAGCGUGCAACCGCCUUCUUGCCUUCAUUUCGAUUCCUUUCAUCCCUUUAUGUCCUCUCCCAUCCUGCUCUCCUCUCCUCUCCCAUCCUGCUCUCCUCUCCUCUCCCAUCCUGCUCUCCUCUCCUCUCCCAUCCUGCUCUCCUCUCGUCUCCUGCUCUCCUCUCCUGCUCUCAUAUCCUCUCCUGCUCUCAUAUCCUCUCCUGCUCUCGUAUCCUCUCCUGCGCUCAUAUCCUCUCAUGCUCUCAUAUCCUCUCAUGCUCUCAUAUCCUCUCCUGCUCUCAUAUCCUCUCCUGCUCUCAUAUCCUCUCCUGCUCUCAUAUCCUCUCAUGCUCUCAUAUCCUCUCCUGCUCUCAUAUCCUCUCCUGCUCUCAUAUCCUCUCCUGCUCUCAUAUCCUCUCCUGCUCUCAUAUCCUCUCCUGCUCUCAUAUCCUCUCCUGCUCUCAUAUCCUCUCCUGCUCUCAUAUCCUCUCCUGCUCUCAUAUCCUCUCCUGCUCUCAUAUCCUCUCCUGCUCUCAUGUCCUCUCAUGCUCUCAUAUCCUCUCCUGCUCUCAUAUCCUCUCCUGCUCUCAUAUCCUCUCCUGCUCUCAUAUCCUCUCAUGCUCUCAUAUCCUCUCAUGCUCUCAUGUCCUCUCAUGCUCUCAUAUCCUCUCCUGCUCUCAUAUCCUCUCCUGCUCUCAUGUCCUCUCAUGCUCUCAUAUCCUCUCCUGCUCUCAUAUCCUCUCAUGCUCUCAUAUCCUCUCCUGCUCUCAUAUCCUCUCCUGCUCUCAUAUCCUCUCCUGCUCUCAUAUCCUCUCCUGCUCUCAUAUCCUCUCCUGCUCUCAUGUCCUCUCAUGCUCUCAUGUCCUCUCAUGCUCUCAUAUCCUCUCCUGCUCUCAUAUCCUCUCCUGCUCUCAUAUCCUCUCCUGCUCUCAUGUCCUCUCAUGCUCUCAUAUCCUCUCCUGCUCUCAUAUCCUCUCAUGCUCUCAUAUCCUCUCCUGCUCUCAUAUCCUCUCCUGCUCUCAUAUCCUCUCCUGCUCUCAUAUCCUCUCCUGCUCUCAUAUCCUCUCCUGCUCUCAUAUCCUCUCCUGCUCUCAUAUCCUCUCCUGCUCUCAUAUCCUCUCCUGCUCUCAUAUCCUCUCCUGCUCUCAUAUCCUCUCCUGCUCUCAUAUCAUCUCCCGUGCUGCCCGCGUGUCGCGCAGUGGGAUCUCAGGAAACAGUAGGGUCGCGCAACAUGUGGGUUCCGGAAUCCGCAUGCCAACCCCCCGCGGUGCGUACGCGGAAAUCUCGCUUCCCCUUCCCCUUCCUCUUCCUCACCCUGCCUUCCUCUCCUCUCGCUUCCUGCCAUAAUCCCAUCUCCUGUCCUGCCUUCAUCUCCUCUCCCGUCCUGCCUUCAUCUCCUCUCCCGUCCUGCCUUCAUCUCCUCUCCCGUCCUGCCUUCAUCUCCUCUCCCGUCCUGCCUUCAUCUCCUCUCCCGUCCUGCCUUCAUCUCCUCUCCCGUCCUGCCUUCAUCUCCUCUCCCGUGCUGCCAUCAUCUCCUGUUCUGGCCUGCCUCCCUCUCCUCUCCCUUCCUGCCUCCCUCUCCCCUCUCUUUCUGUCCUCCCUUCUCCCCUCUCCUUCUGUCCCCCCUUCUCCCCUCUCUUUCUGUCCUCUCUCUUCUCCCGUGCUGCCUUCCCGCUCCUCUCCCUUUCUUUUCCUUUCCCUCCGCUCUUCUUCGCUAUUACAUCCUGUACAUUCAUGCAGAUAA